AUGCUUCGUAUGUGUCAAUUACAUCGACGACCGGACGAAGAGCAAUGGUGGUGGAGAGGUAUCAGUAACAGUAUAACGAAAGACGUGAAGCAACUACUCAAUAAGGAAGUCCUAAUGAAGGAGGUAGACCGCUCCUUACUUGUUCCAGGUUUCUGGUUCCCCAUCAAGUUGGGCGUUUUCCGGAGACUCAAUGGGGUCAAAUGCGACGAAGAACUUGCUCACUACUUCAAACACAUAAACGAGACAUGGGAUCCAGUCCUUCGUUGCCUCGGCAAAGAUGUCUGGGUCAUAGACGAUGCCACCAUCGAGUUUCUUGAGCUCAGAGCGCCGAAGGCAUCUACUGUGGACCGGAAUGAGAUAACAGCGGGCAUGGAAAGCGGACUGUUAUUCCCUUACAUUGGACACCAACGGACGAGGUCUCAGCUGUUGACGUGUUUGUUAAGCAUACCAUCGCUGAUACCGACCGUGCAGACAUUCUUCAACAACCUCACCUACGUAGAACCUUGUGCAAUGGUCUUGAAAGGCAUUUUGGAUCCACGCCCGAAAUGUUCAGUCAAGAACUCCUUUGCUGCCGCUUUCAAAUGCCCCCUGGAGCUCUACGUGGAAGAGGCUGAUGGAAAGUUCAGCCGGCAUAGACCGCUGGAAGCUAGUGAAGCCUUCAACUGCUCCUAUCUGCAACUCUGGCUAUUCGCAAUGAGAAACUUCCCUGAGAUGACAAGGAUCACUGUAAAGAAGGAAGUUACGGAGCCUCGACGAUAUGCCAAUGAACCGAAUGCAUGGCUCUGGCACGAUUUUGCGGCGCUCGCCGCCAGACUUGGCUUCAGUACUAGUAGAAUCAGCGAGAUUCUAUCAACCAACCCAAGCAUGAUACAUGCAAGGAGAAUGCUGCUUGAUGCUCGUCCGUCAGAUCAAUAUUGCUUUGAUGAUGGCGAGUUGGAGCGCUAUACAGGUCAAAUAUCGGAGAUGAUAAAGUCGGCGAAAAAGUUACCGGUGCCUUCUUCCGAGAGUCAGAUUCUCCGAUCUCAGUCGUGCACGGAGGCUCGCAACCGGAGAUGUGGUCGACCACAUGAGUUUUCACACGCUGCAGACAAGGCUCUCUUGUUCCUGCCAACCAUGCAGAGCUCUCUGGGAGACAUCGGACCUGUGAACUCCUUUUUCGUUAAGAAAGACUUCGUUAUAUCAUUCUUCGGCAGGGAUUGGAACAGCACGUGGUGUCCACUUCUUCAGAAAGAUGAGGGCGUACCUGCUGUUGACUCGGCGGAUGCUUUAGAUCCUGAGACAGUGCAUAAAGAGAAGGCUGGUCAGAAAAUAUGUUUGCAAUACAAGGUCCAGCCGAUCCCCAGGGGUUCAUCUCCGCCUUCGGACCAUGACGAGGAACAGAAGGCCGCAGAGAAGAUACCACAGGACAAUCAGCUGCCUCCAAUCGAGAAGGAUGAUGCGUGUUCGUGGCGUCUCGGGUUCAUUCGAGACAUCGCAGAACAUCGAAGCAGUUUUGAGUAA